GAAAUCGAUUGCUUUCUGCCGUCAUUCAUGGUAUUCAAGAAAUCAGAUAUCUUCACAUCGUAAAAUCAACCUUACCAUCAUGGCACUUUUACAACCAUCAGAUAAAUUUCCAUAACUUCAUCAUGUUAACCGUAAAAAAAGAUGAACGACAGUAAGAAUGAUCCUGGCAACAAACAAAUGUGGAUGUCCACCAAAGAAAGAAAAACCUCCUUGUUCACCUUGUUGCGCCUCCAAAAAGGUCUCCAUCAAGUCAGCCCCUAAAAAAUGUCCCCCACCAGAUCCAAUAAUCGUCGACCCUUCGACAUGUUGUCCUGUAAAACCUUCAGAGACAAAGUAUCAGAGAUCCAGCAAGAUUCGUUCGGAGAUUGUUGAGAAAGGGUUGCCCUAUAAAGAGAUCGAAGCUAUUAUUAAUAACAAUAGAGUGGUAAUUAGAACACAAACAGAACCUGGUAGAGUGGAAUACGAUCCUCCGUGUGACUGCGUCGAGGAUCCUCUUCCUAGUAGACGGGUCGAAACAGAAGAAAGUCAAGUUCAAAAUUCAGGAAAUAGAACUGUAAUGCUGUAUCCUCGAUCUCGAGAACAAGAUCGCAAAUCAACAGAUUUUCAGUACCAUCACGGAGAUGAGGGUUUUAAGUUGAGGAAGACGAUUGAUCUCGCAGAGAAUCCGAAUAUAUUCUUGUUGAAGUUGAAGAGGAAGAGCAGCGCAGGUGAUAAGAAGUUCAAUAUCGAUCUGGAAUUUAAAACUCCUCGUCCUUGGUCCACGAAGAAACGAUUGGAGUACAGUCAACAAAUCAAACCACCACAAUCUGGUGCUGCGACGUUGAAGAAAGAUGUCGAAGAAGAAAGAAAAAAAAAAGAGGUUUCGAGUCAAAGUAGAAAGGGAAAGCGACAGUAAAUGAAUCGUUCUUGAAAAUAAAAUCGACAUUUCAUUUGUAUGAUAACAGUUACUUUCAAUUAAUAAACAUAAUUCCUGAAAGAUUAAAA